UCCAACUGCCAAGAGCCAUGGCAGACGGCGGCUUGGAUUCCCGCACAGCUCUGGUGAUACUGCCACCAGCUGAGUUUACCACGGAGGUGCAAGUCCUUCGGCAACGGCACGACCGCGCCUUUGCGCGGUGGCCGCCGCACCUGCGAAUCUGUUGGCCCUUUGUACCUGUCAGGACAGCUCUGGCCCGCUUUGGCCAGACCAGGUUGACCAUUCCGGCCUUUGACCUGGAACUGGCGUCCGUUGGGCUGUUGAAUAGCGAAGCUCAUGGAGACCGGGAUAGAGUGUACGUGGCCCUGCAGCCCAGCACUGCGAGUGUUCAGAGCUUGGAUCUGCUACGCAGGGAAGUGCUGCGGAUCUUUCCAGAGUGCGAGGCUGGCGACGCUGGUGACGCGUUUCACCUCACCCUUGGGCAGCUGCCGCUGGGGGAGGCUGAAAGGUUGGUGAACUCUGCGGAAUCGAGUCUCGAGCUGCCUCUGAAGUGGCGCUGCGAGAGCGUCACACUGAUGGCUUGUCACAGCUCUGCGGAGCCUUUGAAGCCCAUGCAUGAAAUUCAGCUGGCAGAGACAAGCAGGCCCUUUGAACCUCCACCUCGCUUGGCUGGUUCUCGGCUCCCAUCCUUGGCAUGGCGCAGCGUGCUGAAGGCGCUGCCCCUGAGGGAUGCCAGCAGAAUGGCGCGUGCCCUUGAGCACCAGGAUGUGGGCCGAGCAGACUGGUGGUCCGAGCUUACCGAGGAUUUCUUCGGCGAGGGGUGCAACCAGAUCAACCAGGGGCUCAGCACCUUUUGCUCGCUGGUGGGAGCCGCAGGCUUUGCCUCCAAUCUCUCCUGGGCGGCGGUGCCGAACUCCGCUGGCGAGGUCGAGGUCUGCAAAGGAGUCCAGGAUUUCGAGGAUCCUCCGGCGGCGCGUGAGGUCGUCCCGCUACUCAGUGGCUCUGCGCGAUGUGCGCGCCACACCUCUUCGCGCGUGGCGGUUUUGGGGGCGCUCGGCAAGGAAAGUAGUUUAGCUUUGUGGAAUCUCAACAGCCACGAGAAGCCACGCUUCAACAAACUCAAGGGCCACGUGGCCAGUUUCGACCUUUGGGAAGAACUGCUGCUGGUGCUGGGCAAAGGAGGCAGCCUGAGCCUUCAUGACCUCACCGAUCCUCGAAGCCAGGCCACUUCACUGGGCAAAAAGGAUGAUGGACAUGCUCUGGCAGUGCAUUGGAUGCAUGGCCGUGCGGUGGUGGCCUACCCAAAGAAGGUGGCCCUGAUUAACGUGGAGUCGGGUGCUGCAGAGUCUCUGCCAUCACUGUGCGACCCUGUGCUUUGCCCUUUGGACGAGCAGCUCUUGGCCGUGGCCACUGGAACGUCAUGGCUGUUGUGGGACGUCAGGAGGCCGUCCAACGUUGCGCCUGUGCCCAGCGGCUUCCGCUGCCAGGCCCUGGCGCGCCUUGAUGACACGUCGGUGCUGGCGGCCGGCGACGGGGCGCUGUGGUGGAUGGACCUGCGGAUGGAGCGCUGGAGCCGCUGGGUCCAACUUCCAAAACGGGCUGACCGCGAUGUAAGUGUGAAGUGUUUGCUGCCCGGGCACUCCUGCGUGUCAGCUCAGUUUGAGGAUCAGACUCUGGCAACGUGGCACCGUGGCAGCGGCAUUCGCAUGGGCUGGUGGCCAUCCUCCAGAUGUCUCUCUUUACCAUCGGGAGAAGCAGCAUGGGACGGGAUCGCAGCUGCUGACACUCAACUUUAUCUUGCUGGUGUGUCCCGCAAUGGAGGAUCAAGCAGCCGUGCCGAAGGCAAGAAAGUUGAUGGGAAGAAAGUCCCAAAGCCGGACGCGAAAAAAGAGGUGAAGGGCCACGCCAAGAAGGUGGACGCAACUUCUGCGAAAGGAGCGAGUCAAAAGUCUCAAAAGCUUCGCGCAAGUGAAGAUGUGUACCAUCGGAUCCUUCACGAUUCUGCACGCUUUGAUCCCAAAGAUAUCGCCAUUGGCUACGAAGAUCGAUUCCUUGGGCCCAUGGAGCUGCAGCUGGUGGACUUCAAACCAGGUGGAGAUCUCCCCUUCCACCGCAUCUACUACUUCCGCCGCGGAGCUGAAGUGCUGUGGGAUCGCAAGCAUCGGCUGGACCGAAUUUUCAAUGAGAUGGGCACGGCGUCGGUGGCUGCCGAGACUGUGGAGGCCAUCCGGCGCGCCCAGCGCACGGCGGAGAAGAUCGAGCAGGGGCUGAUCAAGGUACGGGGAAGAGGCGGUGGCCGCAAGGCUGCUCCUCCGCCAGUAGAGGUGGCCGGGAUGCGGUAUGUGGCUGAGAAGGAUUGCUGGAUGCCCUGCCCUGCCAUGCAGUCUGUGAGACUUGAAGAAUUGAAGGUUCUCACUCUGAAUGUUCUCUUUGAGCUCUACGGUGACGUGGAGACGCACUUGCAGGUCCGCAUGGCCCACAUCUUCGCAGAACUGCAGAAGUCGGAAGCGGACGUCAUCUUGCUUCAGGAGGUAACGCCGUCCUUCGCAGAGAUGCUAUUGCAGCAAUUGUGGGUUCGAGAUCACUACUGGUCCAGUUGCGGUGAGCAGACUGACUCCGUGGACCCCUCGGGCCAGCUGACUCUCUCCAAAUGGCCUGUACGAUCCGUAUUGUGUGCCCGUCUCAGCCAGCACAAGACUGUCGUCUUGACCACCAUUUUGGCCUCCCUGGGCCGUGCCCGUGCCGUGCUGGUCGCCAAUCUGCACCUCGCUGCUGAUUUGCUGGAUGCCUCUGGGCCCAGCAGUCGUCAGGAGCACCGGGCGGAGCAGCUGAAGACCUGCGAAGAGGUGCUACAUGACAGGCUCCGGCCUGGUGAUCUGGGACUGAUUGCUGGGGACUUCAACGAUGCGGCUCCGGUGCUUUCGGGUGAAUUCUUGGAUGCCUGGGUGGAGGCGAACCCUCAGGAGGAAGGAUACACCUUUGAUCCAACGGUGAACCGCGUGGCGCAGCAGGUCGUUGCCGCCGUCAACGGCCGCACCGAGCCGCGCCGCAUCGACCGGAUCUACGUGGCCGCCGGGGCCGGGGCCGAGGGCGGCUGGCUGAUGGACGCGCGGCUGGUGGGCACCGAAGCCUUCUAUGAGGCAUCAAUCGAGUCCGGAAAGCAGCCCUGGUAUUUGUCAGAUCACUUUGGCGUCCUCUGCAAGAUAAGAGCUGCCGUUGCCGCAGGCGCUGAGGAGAGAGUGCUGCUCCACAAGCCCGCAGAUGUCUUGCAGCCGGAGGCAGUGCUGGAAGCCUUGUCCUUGGGCUCAGAAGUCGAGCUGGUUUUACUGGGCUCUGCGGCGCUGGGGAUUGCAGAUGCGGGCAGCGACGUGGAUCUGCUGGCCUGUUCUGCCAGCCUCUCCCAGCCGCGUUUCUUCGCACGCGCCGCCGAAGCCUUGGCUGCGGUGGGGGCAGACGUGGAGUGCGCCAGCGAUGCCACGGUGCCGUUGAUCCGGUUCCAGGCGAAGGAUGGCCGACAAGUGGAGGUGCAGUUCAUGGAGCUCUCCGCCGAACAUAUCCUGCAGCUGCGCGACAGUCACACGGCCGUGGACGCUGAGAGCCACGCCUUCGAGGCUUUGGAGGCGCAGCUGUUUGUGCCCAAGGAGUCCAUGCAGGUCAGCCUGGCUGCGGCACUGGACGUCUGGGCCCUGAGUCGGCAGCUGGGAGGCCGCUUUGAGCUCUUUCGGCAGCUGGCGGUGGCGGUGAAACGUUGGGCCAGGAAGCGGCAGCUCCUUGGGACUGCUUUCGGCUUUCCUGGUGGCUUUGCAUGGGCACUGAUGGCAUCCAGGGAGGUUUUGCUCAGCCCAGAUGACGAUGUGCAGAAGAUCCAGGCCACGUUCUUCCAGAACGCUGCCAAGAAACUGUCGGAUGAAGCCCAAAAGCUCUGGUGUCCCGCGGGGCCGCAGGACCGCAACGCCUUGCGCAGCAUGACCCGCGGCACUGCGCAGAUUCUGCGGGCGCAAUUGGAGGUCCCCUUGGGCGGCACGGGGCCCUUGGAAGCGCCCAGGUUUUUGGUGGUGGAAAUGGCUGCUGCUGCCGAGACGAAAGCGAGGCUGCAGCGAAAAGCCAUUCCGAUCCUCCUGGAGGUGGAGCGCUGCGCGCAGGGAACGGCCUGGCCCCUAACAGAUGUACAUUGCUCACGCAGAGGCAUGCCGUGUUUAGUGAUGGGUCUAGAGAGUUGGACUCCAACAGCAGGAGAGCAGCGUGCCAUGGCAAAGUCCAUGAAGACUUCCACAGGCCUUGACGUGGAGGUGAGACUCGUUUCGGCGGACCACUUGAGAGCUGAAAUCCCAUCUGAUCAUCGAUUUUACGGGGGAUGGGCUUCCAAUACCGGCAUCGCCGGGCUCCGCAGCCGUGGUUUUUCGAGAGCUGCGGGGUUCGCGGGACGCAUCAAGACGAUGGCGCCGUUUUUACCAGGCUUUGUUCCUCACGAGCUGCGACAAAAUCAUCCAAAGACGCAGACCCUGGCUUAUGGACCAGGAGGAUCGAUUGACAAGCCUCUGGCCGCCACGGGGAAGCUCAUCUUGCCAAAGUUGGACCUAUCCGUCCUACAGCACCUGAAUGACCCGUUCCACCGCUAUGACCUCACCCACCGCUCCCUGACACACGACGAAAAGAAGGACAUGAAGGACUCCGCACGGAACACCUACCGCCCUGAACUGCAGCCUGCCUGGUUGAAACACGAUCGUCAAGUUCUGCGGUUCUAUGCGUACUUCCAGGAAGCGGUCCAUGAGAAUCCUAAGGAGAGCUUCAGGAUUCGGGGAUGCCACGUCCUGUUCUACUUGGAAGAUGGCACGAUGAUGGUGUCCGAGCCCAAGAUCGAGAAUUCGGGCAUCAAGCAGGGCACUUUCGUGAAACGGCACCGGGUGCCGCGGCCCAGCAGCUUAGGAGGAGGUGUCUACGGCUAUGAAGAUUUGCGAGUUGGACGAUCCAUUAGCAUCUAUUCCAGAGUCUUCCGUCUCAUUGGCGCAGAUGAGUAUACGCGCAAGUUCUACCAGGGCGCGCAUGGCGAGACCAUGCUGGAAGACCAGGAGCUGCCACUGGACAGCUUCCGCGCCUCGGAGCUGCCGGACCCAGAGGAGCUGGUCUCGGCGCGGCGGGCCAAGCUGCAGGAGGCGAAGGAAUACAAUGAGAUCGCUGUUGGAGGCUGCUGUCGGAAUGAGAAGCUGCAACAAUACCUGGAGAACGACCGCAGGGUUCUGCGCUUCCAGACCUUCUGGGAUGAAAAUGGGAAGUAUGGCUCCAGAAAGUACUACACUUUGCACUACUAUUUAGCUGAUGACACGGUUGAAAUGCUGGAAAAUCUGCCCAGGAACUCAGGCUGUGCGCCCUACCCCACCUUCUGGCGUCGUUCGCCGCUCCGGAAGAACCCCUACAUCUCAGCCACUCCGGGGAUGCUGGAACCCCCAGCCAUGAUCUACAAACCGGAGGACCUGAUCUGCGGACAGACCAUUGACGUCAUGGGGCGCCAGAUCGUCUUGUACGACUGCGAUGAGUUCACCCGCAAUUUCUACAGGUCCUUCCUGGACCUGGAGCAGGUCGGAACGAAGAUUCAUCAUCCACCUCUGACACAUGUCAAGUUGCGAUUUCCUCCUUAUAACGGAUUUGGUUCGGAGGAAGAUUCGUUGUCCAGCUGUCGGGGGCUCAUGCCAAAGCCCCCGCGCCGCGAUGAGCAGAAGCUCCUGGUGGAUGCCGACAAGGUUCUACGCUUUGAGGGCGUCCUUGCCGAUGAUGUCGAAGAGAAUGAGAACCGGAAAUUUGUCAUCGCCGUCUCGCUCGGGGAUGACAGCGUGGGAGUUUGGGAACUGAAGCAGCGCAACUCGGGGCACUCCGAGGGCAAGUUCGCCAGCCGCUCGCGGAAGAAGAACCCGGCCACGGGGACGUGGUUCAAGGCGGUGGAUUUCUAUAUCGGCGCCUUGCUGAGCAUCAAUGCUAGCCCGUUUCGCUUGACUGGAGCGGAUGAAAAGGCGUUGAGCUACAUGGAAGAGCACCCGGAGCAAUUUGCAGUGGCAGAUGUGCAAGUGAUUCUUCAGAAGAUUCAGCCUUUGGCCAGCUGGCUGCAGAAGCAGGAAGGAAUGGUCAGCGGUGCCCAGCUCGCAGCAGCUGCCGAGGGGCAUGGGGCGCCGUUGCACGCCCACGAGAUCCUCACCUUGUCGCGGAGCUUCGGUCAUUAUGUCUACUCCCUGAGCGACACAGCGGUGGAUGCCGGAAAGCUCCUUGAAGCUUUGGGCUGAGCAGCCUCUGAGCAGUUGGCAUCAUGUAUCACCCAGGUCUGAUUUGGGAGAAGAGCAUUUGAGGUUUGGCAUGGGGGCAAUCCCUUCC